AUGCCUGAUGUCUCAAAGAAAUCAGGAGCGGCCAAGAAGGGGUCCAAAAAAACCAUCAAGAAAACGCCACCAAAGGGCGGCAAGAAGAGGAAGAGAUCCAGGAAAGAGAGCUACUCCAUCUACAUCUACAAGGUGAUGAAGCAGGUCCACCCAGACACCGGCAUCUCCUCCAAGGCCAUGAGCAUCAUGAACUCGUUCGUCAACGACAUCUUCGAGCGCAUUGCCGGCGAGGCCUCCCGCCUGGCCCACUACAACAAGCGGCAGACCAUCAGCUCCCGGGAGAUCCAGACCGCCGUGCGCCUGCUGCUGCCCGGGGAGCUGGCCAAGCACGCCGUGUCGGAGGGCACCAAGGCGGUGACUAAGUACACCAGCUCCAAAUGA